AUGCCAGAGGGAUUGUUUACAAUAUUUGUGGAUGAUUUACCAAACUCUAUGGAUCCAAAGAGGUUGUUCUCCAUGUUUGGUAAGUUUGGAGUAGUAACGGAUGUCUUCAUACCGGCAAAGAGAAGAAAAGGCACGGGAACACGCUUUGGUUUUGUGAGGUAUGAUUGUAGGGUAGCAGCUGAUAUGGCGAUUCAGAAAGCUGAUGGGUUAUGGUGUGAAAGGGUGAAGAAAGCCGAUUUUCAAAAAGGGAAGCGAAAGAUGGAAAGGGUAGUAAACAGAGCGGAGGCUUGGAUGGGGAGGACAUCUUAG